AAGCAGUGUUUGCAUUUGCUUUUUUUAAGCACUUUGGAGCUUUUAGCUUUGGAAAAGUUAAAAAUGGUGUUUGCAAACCUCAGAUUCUGUUUUUUUAAGUGCUUUUAAGCCAAAAUCUAAAAGCUACCCAAGUGAUGCUUUUUAGUGCUUUUAGGUAAUAUUGUAAAUAACUCCAACUUUAGAGAUAAUGUUAUACCCAAUUAAACCCAAAAUACCCAUCAUCUCUCCCCAGCAAUCCUACGUAGGUCUCUGCAAUUCAUCUUUCCCUUCCCUUCAUCUUUCCCUUCCCCACACACAUACACAUAAAUAUUAUGAUAUAUAUAUAUAUAUAUAUAUAUUCCAUGGGAAGAAAUCUAGAUCCAUGGAGCUCACUCAUUCCAAAGACGUCAAGAAGUCGGCUCACCACCGAGAUGGCGACGGCGACGGCGGUGGUGACGGAGAAGGUGACGUCCAAGAGCUGCGGUGCGGCUGCUGCGGCGAUCUCCAAGGUUGUGGCCGGUUGAUUCUGCGGAUUGCUUUUGUUGAGAGGAACUCCGGCGAAUAACCAUGGAUUAGAGCCGAUUGAAGUUCUUCUAGUCUAGAGUAUCCAUGAAUAGCCAUUGAUUCUGCGGAUUUCUUUUCUUCUGCUUCGAUGCGGCACUACUGGUUAUCGCAGGGAAGGAGUGAUCGAUGAGGGAAAGGG